AUGCUGCCACCACCUCCAAGGAUAUGUGGGCUUCCUGGUGGACCGCCCAUAACAUCACCGAGGGUGAAGAUGUCUGAUGGUAGAUACUUAGCCUACAAAGAAACUGGUGUACCAAAGGAGAAUGCCAAGUACAAGAUCAUAUUUGUUCAUGGUUUUGGCAAUUCCAGGCAUGAUGUGGUUAUUGCAGCUAAUCUUCCUCGGGAAAUCGUUGAAGAAUUGGGAUUGUAUAUAGUGUCAUUUGAUAGGCCGGGCUAUGGAGAGAGUGAUCCUGAUCCAAAAAGAACACCAAAAAGCAUGGCUUUGGACAUUGAAGCACUUGCCGACCAGUUGAAGAUUGGGGAUAGAUUUUAUUUAAUUAGUUUUUCCAUGGGUGGCCAAACCGUUUGGGGUGCCCUCAGAUAUAUUCCCCACAGACUAGCAGGAGCAGCACUAUUAGCUCCUGUUGUUAAUUACUGGUGGAGUGGCUUCCCUGACAACUUGUCCGAGGAAGCCUUUCACAUGCAGCCAACAGAGGAUCAAUGGGCACAAAGGGUUGGUCACUACUUUCCCUGGCUUACUUACUGGUGGAACACACAAAAGCUCUUCCCUGGUUCCAGUGUUGCUGCUGGAAAAGCGGUACUCACUCAGCAAGAUUAUGAACUUUUCCCGAAGAUUUAUUCACUCAGACCCAAUCACAAGGUGAAGCAACAAGGAGAAUUCGAGUCAAUCUGUCGGGACCUGAUGAUUGGAUUUGGGAGUUGGGACUUUAGUCCGUUGAACCUAACGAAUUCCUUUGGAAGCAGGAAAGGACAGGUGCAUCUAUGGCAGGGUAAUGAGGAUACUCUUGUACCUGUCAAGUUGCAAAGAUACAUUGUACAAAAACUUCCAUGGAUUCAAUACCAUGAGGUGGAAGGGGCAGGGCAUUUGUUUCCCUUUGCAGAAGGGAUGGCUGAAACUAUUCUGAGAGAACUAUUGCUAACUGAGAAGUAG